AUGAAAUAGAACCAGUACAACCAUGGCAGUUUUGCAUUUGUGAAAUUACAACAGUAUGGUCAAAAGUAAAAGGUUUCCAGCAGCUUUAAGAAAAAUAGGACUUGCCCUUUAAGAGGACUUUACCUUUCAGUCACCUGGCGACCACACCUUAACCACAACUCGACAGGACCUGCGUUGUCAGCGACCCAAACAGGAGUGGGUAAAGCCUCCAAAGAUGGAGGCUUACAGCUUGCCUGAGGACAUGCAGGCAGGAGGACAGAUAGAAGACAGAGACACAAGAUCAGAGAAGUUGUUGAGAAGUUUAACCAGCUGGGAAGACGGCAAACAGGCGUUGAAUGUAAAGAGAGGCGAGCCUGAAGAGAACCAGCUGCCCGAGAAAGCUGCUCAGGUGUUCCAUCCUGCAGUGAUUCAGUCACUGUCCUCAUCAAGACAAAGUGAAACAAUGGGGGAAAUAGACAAGAGUCCUCAAAACGUCUCUCAGGGUUUCAACCAACAUGGCUUCCCGUACGACUGGCGUGAAGACACGCCCCAAACCACAGAUGGCCGGGGCUGUCCCAGUAGGGAUAACUUAAAGAUAUGCGUCUCCCUGAUGACUUCAGCAAUUUUCUUCCCCUUCCUUGUCUGGGGAGGAUUUGUGUUCCUGCCAUUUGAUGCCCCCCUACUGGAUGGUGCCCCUUUCAGGCUGGUCUACACAUUACGCUGUUCUGUGAUUGCAGCCACGCCAGUCAUUUUAGGAUGGCUGGUUCUAGGUAUCAGCAGACUCAGAUUUGGCAUCGUUCAGCCUUUAUUCAAGGAAGAGCAGCAGCUUCAGGAGGUCAAGCUUCACAGAGGCUUCAUGUCGGACUCAGUCACCUUGUUCCUGCUCUACUUCCUGCAGCUGGUCGUCAUGGCGAUGUACCUGAGCCAGGAGCAGCUGAAGCUGGUGCCUCUUCUCACCAUAAUUUUUGCCAUUGGACGGUUGGCUUACUGGGUGGCUGCUGCAUUUGGCAGCAGUAUUCGUGGUUUUGGAUUUGGUUUGUCAUUCCUACCCAUUCUUGUUAUGAUGGUCGCCAACAUGGUCUUCAUCUUCACAAUGGAGCCAUCAGCAUUGAUCUUCAGUUUGUCUGACAAACCUAAGGAGGUCUUGACUACACCUUCCAGAAAACAGAGGUUCUGGGGAUGAAAACUGUCCAGCAAUCAGUUUUCAGUUGGAACACGCUACUUCCUGUAAUGCUUCCUACUCAUUAUUUGGCCCUUUCCUGUUGUGGAAAGAGCCGUUCUUCUCAUGUUUGCUUGCAUUUUAUCAUGUAUAUAACUUGAUAAUUUGAAAACCAGUUUUUGUUUACACAAACUUUCAGAUUUCAUAAUAAAAGAAAAUUAAUCCACAAA